GGUCUACCUAUUUAUUAGUAUUGGUCAUUAGUUGCACCUCUCUCUCUCUCUCUCUAGUCUCUACAUAUUGUAUCAGGAUUUCGUUGCUUUUCAUCACAAAGCACCGCCUCAUCAGUUUUCCCUGACCCCAGUUGAGAUUCAUGUGAUUCCUCACCCUGCCUUCAUCACCAAAGCUUUAUACAAGGGCCCUGAAGUGAGGAAUCUGCCUCCCUAGACAAUGGCUCCAAAUGUUACUUGUCCAGGUCCGAUGAAGGCAACGUCCAACGGUGCUUUCCAGCACGAUAAUCCAUUGGAUUUUGCUCUUCCCCUUGCUAUUUUACAGAUAUGUCUAGUUCUUGUUGUCACUAGAUGCCUUGCUUUUGUUCUCAAACCAUUACGACAGCCUCGUGUGAUUGCAGAAAUUGUGGGAGGAAUUUUGCUAGGGCCAUCAGCUCUUGGAAGAAACAAAAGCUAUUUGAAGGCAGUAUUCCCACCCAGGAGCCUUACCGUAUUGGACACCCUGGCAAACAUUGGUCUGCUGUUCUUUCUUUUCCUUGCGGGGUUGGAGUUGAACUUCAAAACUCUGCAACGUACAGGGAAAACUGCCCUUAGCAUUGCCAUUGCUGGAAUAUCUGUUCCUUUUGCGUUAGGCAUUGGUUCAGCAUUUGCCCUCCGAGCAACCAUUGCAGAAGAUGCAAAUGCAGCUGCAUUUUUUGUGUUUAUGGGUGUGGCACUUUCUAUAACUGCCUUCCCAGUUUUAGCCCGCAUUUUGGCUGAGCUGAAGCUUUUAACAACUGAUAUUGGGAAAAUGGCCAUGUCUGCCGCCGCAGUCAAUGAUGUGGCUGCAUGGAUAUUGCUUGCUCUUGCUGUUGCUUUAUCUGGUCACAACGUUUCUCAUAUUGUUCCAUUAUGGGUUUUCCUUUGUGGUUGUGGUUUCGUAAUCUGUGCAAGUCUUUUUGUCUCACCAAUUUUUAAAUGGAUGUCUAGGCGUUGCCAGGAAGGUGAGCCUGUCAGUGAGACGUAUAUAUGUGCUACAUUAGCUGCUGUGUUGGCCGCUGCAUUUGUUACUGAUACAAUUGGCAUUCAUGCAAUGUUUGGAGCUUUUGUACUUGGAGUUCUUGUUCCAAAGGAAGGGCCAUUUGCUGGUGCUCUAGUAGAGAAAGUUGAGGAUCUGGUAUCUGGUCUUUUUCUCCCUCUGUACUUUGUCUCAAGUGGAUUGAAGACCAAUGUUGCAACAAUCAGAGGUGUUCAAUCUUGGGGUCUCUUGGUUCUUGUCAUAUGUACAGCCUGUUUGGGAAAGAUAGUUGGCACUUUCACAGUAGCUAAACUUUGGAAAAUGCCCACGGCUGAAGCUGUUGCUCUUGGUUUUCUUAUGAACAGCAAAGGCCUCGUGGAACUCAUUGUCCUUAACAUUGGUAAAGACAGAAAGGUUCUUAAUGAUCAAACAUUUGCCAUCAUGGUUUUAAUGGCUCUCUUCACAACAUUUAUAACCACUCCUGUAGUGAUGGCUGUGUACAAGCCUGCAAAGAGAACAAAAAAAAUUGAUUACAAGCACAGGACAAUUGAAAGAAAGAAUGCCAACACUCAGCUUCGACUCCUUGCUUGCUUCCACAGUGCUAGAAACAUCCCAUCAAUGAUAAAUCUCUUUGAGGCGUCACGUGGUACUGACAAGCAUGAAAGCCUGUGUGUGUAUGCAAUGCAUCUGAUGGAGCUAUCAGAAAGGUCUUCUGCUAUACAAAUGGUCCAAAAAGCUAGAAGGAAUGGGCUUCCCUUUUGGAACAAAGGCCAUUCAUCGGGGGGAAACCAUAUUGUUGUGGCUUUUGAGGCAUUUCAACAACUAAGCAAGGUUUCAGUGAGGUCGAUGACAUCAAUCUCUUCGUUGUCUGAUAUGCAUGAAGACAUCUGCGGAACUGCUGAGAGAAAGAAGGCAGCAAUCAUAAUCCUACCAUUUCACAAGCACCAAAGGCUAGAUGGCUCCUUGGAGACCACGCGAGCUGAAUUUCGUGGGGUUAACAGUAGGGCUCUUGAGCAUGCCUCAUGCUCUGUAGGGAUAUUGGUUGAUCGUGGGCUAGGUGGGAAUGCACAUGUAUCAGCAAGUAAUGUGUCAUAUCAAAUUGUGGUUCUUUUCUUGGGAGGGCAUGAUGAUCAUGAAGCACUUGCUUAUGGAACUCGGAUGGCUGAGCACCCUGGAAUCAAGUUGACAGUUGUCCGUUUCUUAGUGGAACCAAAAACUGUCGGGGAGAGAGUUCAAAUAGAAGAAGAGAGCAACCCUGGUGGCAAUGCUGUCUCAGCAGAUGAAGAUGUUCUUGCUGAUAUUAAGGAUAGAGUAUCAGAAGACGACUCUGUCAAUUACGAAGAGAGAGCUGUUGGGAGCUCAAAUGAAGUGAUAGCAGCAAUUCGUGCCUACAGCCGCUGCAACUUGUUUUUGGUUGGUCGAAUGCCUGAUGGUGAAAUUGCAUUGGCGCUGAACGAAAGGAUUGAGUACCCAGAACUUGGGCCAGUAGGGAGCUUGUUAACCUCUCCAGAUUUGUCAACAACGGCUUCAGUUUUGGUGGUCCAGCAGUAUAACGAGAAGGCUCCCGCCGAUGAAUAAAUUCAUCGCCUGCCCGUAUUAUUCCCUGUCAUCCCUGAUAAAAGAUAAUACACAUGGGAUUUAUAUGUAGAGACUCUCUUUCCCCUACCCUAGUUUCCUGUGGAUCAACUGAAUAUGAUGUUAGAUAGAAUUGAUUU